CGCCGGCUAGGGUUUGUUUAGCUUAGGGUUUAGAGUAAUCGUGCUGAUAAUGUGUUGUGAAACUAGAGAAUGUAAUCUAUGUUUCUAUAUUAUUCAUAAACAUAAUGAGCCAUUUAUAUAUAAGGAAUUACACCGUCAUAGAAUAAUGGAAAGACUAAAGAAAGGAAAUACAAAUAUGGAAAGAGUACAAAUCAUAAUCUAAUAAGGAAAAUGCAAUAUGCCGAUUCUCUCUCUCUCUCCUCCCGGCCGAGUCUCUGUCUCUCUAGCAUUGGGCCGGUUAUAGACCGGGCCGGUUAUGGACAUCCACAAUAUGAUUUAUAACAAUAAAGUGAAUUUGUGUGUUUUUCAUCUAUUAUGCAAAUGUAAACUUAGAACAUGCUUUUAAUCUAUUAUACAGAUGCAGAUGUGUUUGCAAACAAGUUGUCUUAAACUUUUUAAUAAUCCAUGUAAUAUGCAAUCCCCUCCACGUUAGAUACAUUCUUCCUCUUUGAAUUUUCUUAUGCCACAAGCAAAGGGUAGUUUGGUAAAUGUGUGGGGAUGACUUUAGAGAAGUCGUUUUUAUUUCUUUAACGGUAUAGCCGACUUUAGACGAGUCAUAAGUGCAUUACCAAGUCUCUGGCUCUCUCAAGCAUUAUUAGGACGCAGGCACGAUUGAUACAAACGCAGGGUAUGGGGCAAAAAAACAGCGUUGAAUAUAGAGUUGAAGGCAGAGGGGAUAUUGUGACCGGGCCAUCUCCUUUUGAUGACUUGCCAGUGGAAUGUAUCUCUAACAUAAUCUCUUUUACACGUCCUCGGGAUGCGUGUGUUGUUUCAUCCGUUUCAAAAACCUUUGGAUCCGCUGUCCAGUCGGAUAGCGUAUGGGAGAAGUUUCUACCGCUAGGGUAUGCAUCUAUGAUCCCACAACCGCGAGCUUUCUCAACGAAGGAGCUCUAUUUCGCUCUUUGCGAUCAUUUUUUAAUCGAAGAUGGUAAAAAGAGCUUUUGGUUAGAUAAAGCGAGUGGGAAGAAGUGUAUAAUGCUAUCUGCGAAAGAAUUAGCGAUCACAUGGGGAAAUAGUCCUCAACAUUGGCAAUGGAUUUCAAAUCCUGAAUCUAGGUUUGAAAAGGUAGCAGAGCUUCUCAGUGUAUGGUGGUUUGAGAUUCGUGGCAAAAUGAAUACUCGUCUCCUAUCCCUUGGAACUCGUUACUCGGCUUACAUUGUGUUCAAGACGGUGAAUAAAUGUCCUGGCUUGGCGGAUUUGCCAGUAGAAGUGGGAGUUGGAUUGGUUGGACAAGAGAUUCCUAAACAACUCAUCUACUUUGAUGGGUAUAUGGAUAAGGAUGCUAGAAAAGUAAGGGGAGAACUCAUCUACUUUGAUGGGUAUAUGGAUAAGGAUGCUAGAAAAGUAAGGGGAGAAAUGAGAGAUGUGAUGAAACCAAAGAAGAGGGAAGAUGGGUGGAUGGAAGCAGAGCUUGGAGAAUUCUUCAAUGAGAAAGGUUGUUAUGAAGUUGAGUUGAGUGUUAUUGAGAUUAAGUCUCCUUAUUGGAAGUGCGGUUUGAUCAUUCAAGGAAUUGAAUGCCGACCUACAAGAAGCCGGUAGAUUAAUCGUUUGAUAUUUCUCAGGUUGUGCUUUCUUAUAAGGUUUACUAGAGUUUGACACACAAUUCAAUUUAUAAAUGUAUAGUAUAUUUUAUUAUAUAUUUAAAAUAUAUAAUUUAUAUUUUAGUGUUAUGUAUUGUGUAAUUCCAUAAUCUUAUUGUUUGGGUUUUUUAUAUCUACAACUAUAUAUUAUCUUUCCUUUUUUUUUGAAACUCAAAACAAUAUAUCAUCUAAAAUGAUGAUAUAAAAAUAUAAGAAUAUAUAACUACAUAUUUUACGAAUUUACUUAAAACAAUAUAUUUCAAAAUAAAAUAGGUUAAUCUACUAAUUCAAUAUACUUUUGUCAUAUUUAAUUCAUAUUAUACUUCUAAUUUAAUAUAAUACUCCCUUCAUUUUUAAUAAGUGUCACUUUGACAUUUUUCACACAGAUUAAGAAAGUAAUUGAAAUUUAUUUAAGUUGUAAUUAAUUACACUUAUUUGACCAAUAGUAUUUGAGAUAAAUAAAAUAUUUAUAAAAUCAAUACAAUUUGCAAUUAAUUUCAAGCUGAAAGUACAUGUAAUUUACAUUGGAAUUAUAAAGAGAUAUUUUUGUGUAACAAAAAAAAAAUUUUAGAAUGACAUUUUUAUGAAGGAGAGGGAGUACUAGGUUUUCACAUGCACUUUUAAAGUUUUAUCCACUAUAUAUUAAAAUAGAAACAUUUGUAAUAAAUGUGUUCACAUACUAUUUGACAUUCGGCAGAUUCACAAUUAUUUAAAAUUAAAAUGCUGACAUGAUAGCCUCAUAAUUAUUUAUAAUUUAAUGUGUUCACACACAAAUUUUCUUAACUCCGGUGCAUAAAAUUUAAUGUGUCCACACACUAAUUUUUUUAAUCAACUCAUUUUUUGGUUCCUGCAUUUUUAAUCUUUGUAUUAGUGAAGUGAAGUUCUCUCCAAUCAACUUAAAUAAUAUCAUUGCUGAAAUAAAAAAAUACAAAAUCAUUAAAAUUCACAUCAACUAAAAUGCUUGAACGAAUUUUUUUUAGAAACGGAAAGUUUCGUACCUUGCCAAAAUUAGCCAUGGUUCAGGCUUUUGUACACGAAUGCAACAAAUAAUUGUGAUUGGUUAUGAAUUAAGAAAACUAAGGUGAAAAACACCACACACAAAGCCGGAUCUUUAGUUUAAUCAAGUAUUGCUUUUCUUUACAAAAUUUUCAUAUCAGACCAAAAAUUUAAAACAUAAUCAUUGGUAGAAAAAAAUCAGAAAAUAGAAAAGAUUUAAAAAGAGAGAAAAAAUUGAAAUCGAUUGAAAAACAUAAUUCAGGUACCGAUAGAAGAGAUCACAUUAUUUCCGACGCAACAGUAACCCCGUUUCACUCGAUUGUAUCGUGUUUUUAUUAUAUUUGCCAAAAAAUUAUAAGGUACACGUUAUUGGUUGUACACUAAGUCAAUUUUUCAACUUGCCCAACAAUAUUGACAUACCGUCCAAAAAUUUUGAUUGUUAUUCUUAUGGAAUGAUCCAAUAAUUGUAUGUAAAAUAACUCCAAAAUAUUUGGUUUACAUUUAUUUUAUUUUGCUUUAUAUUAGUAGAAAAACUAGGUCUGGGUAAAAUAUCUAGAUCCAAAGAACCGAACAUAACUUGAUUUGAAA